AUUUCACCAAAUCGCAUUUUGCGAAUUGUUCUCCCACUUUCAUGACUUUCGACCGAUUUUGUAGCUUUCUUGAAGGUUGAUACGAUGAAUGUAAUGGAGAGACGUGGUAUGGUGCUCCUUGCGGGGAAUUCGCACCGUGAUUUGUCUACUCGUAUAGCUGAGAGAAUUGGCGUAAGGUUGUCAGAUCUCUCGGCCUACAGGAAAUCAAACCGUGAAACAACUGUAGAGAUAGCUGAAUCGGUGAGAGGAAAGGAUGUCUACAUCAUACAGACAGGAACAAAAGAUGUUAACAAUGAUGUGAUGGAGUUACUAGUCCUGGCGUAUGCCUGUAAGACAUCUAGUGCCAGGCGUAUAAUUGGUGUCCUUCCCUACCUCCCUUACUGCAAGCAAAGCAAGAUGAGAAAACGUGGCUGCAUCGUCUCUAAGCUGCUCGCCAAAAUGUUGGUCAAAUCAGGGAUUGAUCAUAUCAUCACCAUGGAUCUUCACCAGAAGGAAAUCCAGGGCUUCUUCGAUAUCUCUGUAGACAACCUCAGAGCGUCACCAUUUCUUCUGCAGUAUAUACAAGAACAGAUCCCAGACUUCAGAAAUGCUGUGAUAGUUGCCAGAAAUCCCAACUCAGUGAAGCGGGCUACAUCUUAUGCCGAGAGGCUGCGAUUGGGGAUUGCUGUAAUUCAUGGAGAGGAAAAAUCCGAGUCUGAGAAAGAUGAUGGCAGGAACUCGCCCCCUCCUCAGGAUGCUCACAGUCACACUCACCAGAGGGCGAUGGGGCUCGAGAUGCUGCCAGGUAUCAUUCCAGUCAUGCAGGCUAAAGAGAAACCACCAAUCAAUAUCGUUGGUGAUGUCGGCGGAAGGAUUGCAAUUAUCGUUGACGAUAUGAUCGACGAUGUCGAGGCAUUUGUCACAGCUUCUGAGGUGCUGAAGGAAAGGGGUGCUUACAAGAUUUAUGUGAUGGCCACCCAUGGCCUGUUAUCCUCUGAUGCGCCAAGGCUUAUUGAGAAUUCACCUAUAGAUGAGGUCGUGGUAACCAACACUGUGCCACAUGACGUUCAGAAAAUGCAGUGCCACAAAAUAAAGACCGUCGAUGUUAGCGUGAUGCUGUCUGAAGCCAUCCGGAGGAUACAUUAUAAUGAGUCCAUGUCCUAUCUCUUCAAGAAUAUCUCAACGGAGGAUUAAACGGUUUACCUGCGGGAGAGACAUGAACAACUCCUAAAAUGUGCUUGCUCUUAGAAUUGCUUACUGGCAUUUGUAAAUCCCUCUUGUCACUUGAAAAUAAUUUCAAUAAGUGACUUGGCCUCUUGAAUUUGUUUCCCACCAUUCGGAUAGUCUGUAGGAUAUGUGAUUUGGGAAAAAUUGUUCUGUAAAUAUGAAACCUCCUUGAAAGUCAUUGAGUUAAACUAUGUUUCGUUAAGUGUAUGUUUUGUACCGAGUGUUCUGUUGUUUUGAUAAUCAUGUUAGCAAAUAGGAAACAAUGUGUGCAGAAAAAUCAUCAUUUUCCUCAAAUUUGUGGUAUUUAAUACAAAGAUGUAAAUUGUGAGUGAAUGUCAUUUUGUUGAUGAUAGUGACUCAGAUGACAGAGGAUGAAAGAUACAUGAAGUGUAUAAAAAAAGUGAAGACAGUGAAGACAGUAUAUCAUGCAUUUAUACUCAAACCUGAAAUCCAGGUCUCUGACUUGGACCUGUCAAUAUGUUUGUUUGUGUUCUGGUGGAUGUUUAAAAAACACUAAAGAUCUGUAUUUACAUGUAAAUGUCCAGAUUUGUACCUUUCAACUGCUAUGCCUGUAACAAAAAGUAGCUGGAUAAAUUAAAAUCUAUUGGUUAGCUAACACACUUUCUCCUAUCAUGCGUAAAUUAACUCUUCAACGACUGAUGAAUAUGAAUAUGAUUUUGGUUUUUUAGGUGGUCGUGACAAACACAGUGCCACACGAUCUCCAGAAACUUCAGUGCUGCAAAAUCAAGACGGUGGAUAUGAGUGCUUUCUUUGCUGAAGCGAUCCGGCGAAUAUAUCACGAUGAACCUAUGAAUCGAUUUCUUUCGUCGAUUGAUGAAUAACUUUGAACACAAGAAUAUCUUGUAUAAAUUGUUUGUUUUAUGCCUUUAGUAUUAGAUUCAGUUUAUUUCAAAUUAAUCAAGUGAUAUAAUGUACAUGAACGUCUUGUAUUUUUUUAUCAUCAAUAAGAUGUAAUGCCACUUACAAAGACUUACAUGCAGACAAAAUGGUAAAUAACUUGUUUGUGUUAUGUAUGAUCUGGGCUAGUCUAGGUGACAGAUUUGUUUGGUUUCAGGAGGGGGAUCUUCUUGAUAAAAGCCAGUAACUCUUUUGCACUUUGUUACAUUUUCAGUUGUUAUUCUCGGUUGUUUUAUGGGCAGAAGCUUCUGUCCUAUUAUGAUUUAAAUGUGUUGGUUUGGGGUUGGUCAGGCUAAUGCAUGCUUUUAUUUCAUUUAUCAGUGUGGGGAACUAAUUAUGAAUUUAUGCAUGUGAUGGCUGGAGUUAAAUGUAAACUGGGUAUUAUCAAAAAUAUAUAAGGCGAACUUUUGUGUUCAUUGUUGAAACAGUUUGUUAGAAGGUAUUGAAAAACACCAGUGAAGUUUUUUCAAGGAAAUUCUGUAUGAUAAUGUACAAAUAUUUUGAACAAGUUGAAAACUAACUGAUUCAUUAUACAUGUAGUUGAUGAAUACCAGAGACUACUGUUUGUUAUAUUGUUUUGCUUGUGUUGAAGACACGCAAAGUGCAAAUUACUUUGUAGGUAACGACAUCUGAUUUGGUCUUUCGCUUCUAUGCCGUCUGCUGAUCUUAAAGAUCAGUUGAUUACAUACAUGUAUGUAAAUGCACAAGUGCACACAUUCUGUUUAUUUACUUGUACAUGUAGAUCUUUUGGUGAUGAAUUUCAAUAAAACUAUUUCUGUAUGAA